AUGGAGCAGUUGAUAAGCGAACUUUAUCAACCUACUAAUCAACCGUCACCAGCGCGCAUCAAUGAAAUCCAGAAACAAAUCCAGAGGCUUCAGCGAGAAAAGUCAGCAUGGCAACUGGCUCUGGACCUUCUUCAUCAUGGAGAAGCCACCAUACGAUUCUAUGGUGCCUUGACUCUGACCAUCAAAAUCAAUGCUGACUGGGACCAGGAUGGCUUGGACAAGGACGAGCACAUGAGAAAGUACCUGCUUGAAGCACUAGUACGAAAUUACAUUCGCUUAGUGAAUCUCUCAGAUUCCAGCUUCGUUCUCCAGAAACUCGGUUCGACUCUUGUCACCUUUUUUGCAAGGCCAGAUUCCGGCUGGAGCCUCCCAUUCAGACAGGUGGUGGCCUCUUUCCUCCGCAGGGACUAUGUCUCUGAAGACGCUCUGCCAGACAUGGAUCAAGUUCUGGAAGCUUGCGACGACUGCUCGAACAAUGAGCUCAAAGGAGUCCUCCUAAUCGCUACCAUUAUGGCGGAGGACUUGAACGGUCGCUCUUCCAGCGCUCUGGACCAAGGAAAGCUCAACAAUCUCGUGGGGGAUAGUGCUCUAGACGUAUGGCUUCUCCUGAGGUAUUGCGUCAAGCGUGCAAUCAAUCAGCAGCAGGCAGAAGCACCGCCAGAGCAAGCAAUACCAACUCGAUCGGAAGACAUGGUCCAGCAGGUAAUGAAAGCCAUACCGUACUGGGCCAGCAUGAUCAAGUAUGCAGAGACUAGCCAGGCGCGACGAAGUGAAAGCAUCGCCAGAGAAUGCAUUGCGACAAUAGUCAACUAUCUCGACGAGGACUUCUACACAGGCUCGGUGCUCCAAAUGCUCAUCUCCUUGGAGAACUCUUCAGGCAAACUCCUUCGACAGGCGCUGCCGAACUUCCCAGCCAGUAUUGCCAGUUCUCCCAAGGCAAGAGAAAUGGUCGAUCUUCUUCUUCAGGGGGACUUUACUGCCGACGCAGUUCUUUAUGUUGACCUUCUCGAGUCAGUCAUCAGUCGCGUCGACAUCACCAAACCCGAUUUCCUGCACGAGCAUCAGUACAGCGUGGUGAUCCGAACUUUCCAGCAGCUUCUCUCCUGCGACGGGGUCGCUGUCAUUGAGGAUCCAGUAUGCCAAAUCGUCUUAGAGAGGAUUACCGAAAUUAUGGAGGGUUAUGCUGACUGGGGAGACGUGACCGAACCAACCCAGGCGUUGCUCAAGGGGUUGGCGGCGAAUGCAUGCGAAGCCUGCCUCCUUAAGAUCAGACUUCCGGUCGAGGAGAUGUCCAGCGAGACCCAAACUUGGGAUGCUGAUGACCGAGCGAAAUUUCAAGACUUUCGUUACGACGUGCAGGACUUUUUCCUCUCGGCUUACGUGGUUCUCGGGAAUGCAUUGAUUGGAGAAAUCGUCAAGAGCAUUCUUGUGCAAGCUACACCUCCGGAUUGGAGCACCUUUGAGGCCGGCACGUUCAGUCUGAUGGCAUUCUCCGACACCAUGUCAGCCAACCCAGAUACGUACGAUGUCCUCAUCACUACAGUCAUGGGGAGUCCGGCCUGGAGCUAUCUCCUUCAGUCCGCCAACAAUGUUCCAGAUCGGGCGGUGCAGACUGCUAUCAGAUUCAUCGCAGAAAAUGUGGGAUACUUCCAACGGCAUCCCGACAAACUGGUUGCUAUACUGAACUUUCUCUUCUCUUCGUUGCACUUGCAGGCGUCAACGUCUGCUGCCUCACGGGCCAUAUACAGCCUGUGCGACUCUCACCGACGAAUGCUCAGUGAAGGACUACCUCAGUUUAUGGAGUCGUUGACCUUGAUAGGAGACAUCGGCGAGACAGAGCGGCAUCGCAUAUACGGGGCCGUCGCGGCCCUCAUCCAAGCAUUGGAAACCGAAGAAGCCAAAGUCGAGCCACUGUCACGUCUCCUUGCGCCCAUUGGCCAUGCACUGGCUACCCUGGAUGGCAAGGAUGGCGAUGAUGCCGACGUCUUGAGAGGCUGUGUUGACAUUAUGCAGACUCUGGCCUCAAUCGGCAAAGGCCUGCGUUCUCCGGCCGAUGUACCGGUGGACUUGGAAGCCUCGAGCUCGGGUUCUUCAGAUUUUUGGACAAGCGGUCAUGGCAGCAUCGUUCAGCAGAGUGUACUCGCCAUGUACCAGGCAACUCUGCAGAGAGCUCGACCAUACAGUGACAGCGUAUUUGUAGACGCCUGCUGCGACUUCAUCAAAUCCGGAUUCACCGAGGAGCAUCCGUCACCCUUCAAGGUUACCGAUUCGACCGGACUCGAGCUGGUCAAGCAGUUCAUCACUCUCGAUAACCCAAGCAUCGACAAUACAAUGGCUUGUGCCUCUAGUUUCCUGGCUUCUGUGUCACCGCGACAUCUUCCCACCAGCGUCAGCGGCCUCUUGUAUGCAGUCAUCCCCAUUCAGCAGCACCUUCUGUCGACAUACCAGACAACAAAGCACCUCCCAGAUAGCGAUUUCCCAUCCAGUUCGCUGGAGUUCUUGGGCCGCUUGCUCAACAAGUGGGGUGCAAUGUGGUUUGCCAUGCAAGACAGUCAAGAUACAGCAGCCGUGUCCGUGGAAAUGGGCUUGAUUGUCAUGGCAGAUGCUGACACGCUCCCGCGUCGACUAGCGGCUGGAUUCUUUACAGCUCUUGCAGAGGUCAGUGGGCCGGACAGCGGGUUAGAGAGCGAGGUGAGUGCACGGCUCAAAGGGGUGCUUCAAAUCUACGGGCCGCGAAUCCUCUCACUUGUGCUCCACCUUUUGGGAGGAGAAUGUGCGCGUUCGGAGAUCGACAGCCUGACCGAAACCCUCAAGAAAUUCGUGCAGAAACAGUUCAUGUUGAGUAAAGCUGUGCUCAGAGAAGCGAUCAAGCAGGAGUCCAUGGUCAUGAGCGACAAAGCCCUCAGCGCCACCACGCCAGAACAACGCAACCGGUUUGUGGCGCAGGUGGAAACACUACGAGGUGCCAGGAAAACGAACGAUAUUGUAAAGGACUUUUGGAUCGCGUGUAGGGGUAGUGGAUUUGGCUAUAUUGCCUGA